CGGCCGGGCUGGCGGCGACGAGGCUGCGCGCUGCCGCCGUGCCCGGCGCCGCUCGCUCCUUCCCCGCCGCGAUGCUGGAGUCCAUCCGUGUCACCGAAGAACUUCACUGGCCUAAGCAAGAGCUCUCUAAGAAAUCAAUCCUGAGUCCAGAAGAACAUAAGCUGAACAUUAAUAAUGAAAACAGUCUCCAGCACCUGUCUACUGGGAUUCUUAAGGACACUUUCACAACAGGAACCAGUAGCUACAACGUCCUGCUGCAGAGCAAAGAAGAAAAAAAACACCAGGCCCAAAAGCAGUCAUCUGCUCACCAUAAGAAACACAGAAAAGCCACAAAGUGUUCUGCCACCUUGCGAAGCGGUGAGCAUCGCAAAAUCCAAGGCCCACUGCCCUUGUUCAGCAGCGGAUGGUAUUGCACAAACCGACAGCCUUCCAUCCUUAUCACUAGCCCGGCGUCUAGCAGCAUGAAGCUUACAAACAGCAUUUCAGUUGCAGGGAACAGCAUAGGACUGCCUCCUCGACCCAGGAGUAGAACUAAAAGGCAUUUUAAUCAAACAAAGCCAAAACAAUCCCAGUUGUCAAAAAGCCAUGGAAAAGAGGGAGAUGUCUCUGGCCGAAAGCUCUGUUUACUGACUGCCAUCAAGCCUUCCAAUGUGGAGAAAGAGAAGAUGAAAUUCUUCAAGUCGGAUUUCACAUACAAUCCUCAAUUUGAAUAUGCAAACCCUGCACUGCCAAAUGUGUUAGCUAAGCAUAGCCAAGCAUCUGACAGAUUUCUCAAGCAGUCCAUUAACAUCAUGAAACGGACACUGCAGAAGUAUGGAAGCUAUGAAAAGUUUGAACAGGCCACUGGAGGCAGCUUGCUGACCAAAAGUCGCAUCUGGAAUCAUGUCAGGAAAUACAUGGUGAAAGAAGGCUGUCUUGGUGAGAUCGUGGUCCAUCUCACGGAGGACCUGCUUUCUCGAGCCUCAAUGACAGUGGUGAAUGGCCGUCCCACUCUCACUAUCAAUAUCUCUACUGCCCGAGAACACUGGCUGGAAGGGAUGCUGAGACAUGAAAUUGGAACUCACUAUUUUCGGGGUAUUAACAACAACAGCCAACCUUGGUGCAACUGGAACGGACGUAGAAAACAUGGGUUAAAACCAAUCAACCCUACUGAAGAGGGGCUAGCAAGUAUUCACAGUGUCCUGUUCCGCAAGGACCCUUUUCUUUGGAGGGCUGCCCUGCUCUACUACACAGUGUAUCAGGCUAGUCAAAUGUCCUUCAGUCAGCUUUUCCAGGAUGUGGGAAAAUUUGUCAAGGACCCCAACACCAGGUGGGAUUACUGUGUACGAGCCAAGAGGGGGUGGACUGAUACAUCACAGCCAGGCUGUUUCAAUAAGGAUCAGGUAUACUUGGAUGGCAUCCUUCGAAUCCUGAGAUACAGAGAGUCCAUUGAUUUCCACCUUCUGACAGCCCUUGGAAAGAUCUCAUACGAGGAUGUGGACCGCCUGAAGGAAUUAGCUGUGAUCGAGAACAUGAGGGUACCACACUUUUUGCAAGACCAUGCACGGUAUAUGGAGCACUUGGAAAAGAUCAUGGAAGUCAAUGAGCUGACUGAUAAGGAGCUCCAGGAGCUCAUAAAUUAACAGCAUUAGCUAACCCUUUAUUAAUGAUGUAUGACUGAGACAAUAAAACUGGACUUCUCAGAACUUGCAGAAAUAGACUUUUCUGCAGAAGGGAAAGGUGGUCAAAAUACAUAGUUCUGUGAAUUAGAUUUUUAAAAAUGUGAAUCAUGAAAGUAUGAACUCAGAAGUUUUUCUUUCCAAAAAAGUUCUUUCAAAUUCCUUUUGUGUUGUCAUUAUAUACUGAUUAUUUAUAAAGGGGCUUUUUGCUUUUUUAUUUUGGCUUAGAAAUUCCUUUGCAGUGAUAUGUGCAAACACCUCCUCUAUGUUUUGUAUGCUACAAAAAGAAUUUGACAAUUUCUUUUUUAAUGUACUGUCUUUUCCCAUCCCAGUUUUGAGGUGAAGGAAAGAAAAAAAAAGAGGCGCUCACUCACAUUUGCCCUGUCUUUGGUCAUAGCUUUCACAACACAUAGCAACAGAAUUGCUGUAGAUUAUGCUACAUCACUGUCUGCCUAACUCUUUCCCAUUUGCUCAUCAUAGCAACAAAAAAAAGUUUUUAAAAAAAGUUACAACACAGAAACAUGUCUUUGUGCAAUAUGAUCAAAGCUGUAUCACACUGUAAAGAACUAUUUGUUACUAAGAGACUUAACAUUAAAAAAAAGAUAUUGCUAGUUUAAUGACCAUAAACAAGUUAUCUCCCAAAAGAGUUGUUACACAUCUUUUCUGUAUAGUACAUGUUUCAAGAAGCUGAAUUAUGAAAAGGUUUUCCGACCUUUGAGGACAAGUACAGCACAUCUAGGAAGUUUAACAUGUCAGUGUUUUGGAAGAAAAACUGGACAGAACUGUGAUUUUGUGACUAGCAUGUUUUAAAUAAAUUCAGAUAUACAGGGACAUAAUUCAGCACAGCAGGCAAUUCGCACUUCUUCACCGAGUCAUGAGUGAACAGAGAGUCGGAUCACUUUUUGAGCAGUUUCAUGCCUCUGUGCUACAGUAAGCUUGAGCUUGCAGAGCUUGUGUGAGGACUGAGACGUUAGUGAGGAGAGGCGAAGACUCACAAGUGCCCUAUUCUCAUGUUCAAAGCAACAGAACUGCUGCAUCAAUUCUGAAGCAUAUAUACCUCUGUUUUAAAUGUUGGUGCUACAUCCAGAACUAAGUGGACAAAACACAUUACUGUAUGGCACAGCCAAUCCAACGGUAAACAGCUUGCAUGAUGCAGGAGGACUUACAGAGAGCUACAUUUUCUGAAUCCAGGUUAUUAUGGAAGAACUGAAGUUAUUAUAGAAUUUUGCACCUGUAAUUACUGUGACAAAAGGUUUUUGUUUUGGUAGAUAACGUUUUACCAGGGCUGGUCUGAUCUGCUGGGAAGGAGCCAUGGUAUCAUUCUCACUCUGACAGAGGCUGGACAGGAACAAGGUGCCCUCGGCGCCACCCUUACACGGGCCUGAGCCCCACUGUCUCUUUCUCUUCUCUUAUCCUGCUCUUUACUCCAAAGGAUCUAAUAAACCCCCAGUCCUCCACAGGCUGAUUUUACCCCCAUGACAGUAGUAGCCAUUCCAGCUUUGAAGUCUGGAUAACACAUUUUGUGAUCCAUAGAAGAAAAUCCAUGGGAAGAUCUCUUAGCUGGCUAAGCAGUCUGCAGGUUUUGAAUAAUCCCAAGACGCGAGCUUCCUUUUAGAUAGUAUUGCAAGUGCGCUGUAGUGGCUGCCUGCCUGCUUCAAAAAAGAAAAUGCAUUCAGCCUGCUGUACAAAUUUACUAAAUUUGGUUAUUUUUAAGACAUAAACCAAGAACUCCUCACAGCCUUAAUUUUGUAUUGUUCAUAGUGUUUAUGACCUGAAAGCCUGCCAACUUCUUUAUGUUUAACAAAAAGCCCUUUUCAUCUCCUUCCUCCUGGGGUGCUCAUAGGUUGAUGACUCGUAGCUUUGCCUUAGCGCUGAGCUGAGCAGACAUAGCAGCAGCCUGUGGGAACAGUUUGCAGUCACGCACUCGCUCCACGUUUUGGCUCCUUUGCCACAAGCGGCAGAAAAUCCACACGUGUCAGGUUCAAAGACUCCAGUUAAAAAGUCAUCUUUGGAGUAAAUCAGAUAGAGAUUGUCUGAGGUACAGCAUAGAAAAACUAGGUGCACUUUGCUGAUCCAAGGGUAUGGGAAAAGUUCAGUCCUUUAUGAAAGGGCUACAAUUUUGUAAUGAUUUUUUUUCUUACCAGGGAGAACUCCCAGCUUUCCUCCAGCUGCUUCUAUGUUAAAAAAAAGUGCUUUUUCCUCUCCCCCAGUAGUAGCUCUGUUAUAGUCUGAGGGUAUUUACUAUAAUGUGUGUGUGCAACCAGGAAGCCUCGUCACCUUGCUUUGCCACAGAUUACCAAUGUCAUAGCCCUUUCUCUACCUGUCUGUUGACUGUAUUACUACCCUCCCAGCCAAAAUGCUGCUGGCCUUUUUGCUUUGCUUGAAGGCCUGCAUCUCAUUUUCCCCAAAGCAGUUGAUGCCAUUUAAUUUCCUAUUUUUUUUUAUUAUUCUAAAAAUAGGUGUAACUAGUGGGUUUGAGUCUUAAAGUGGUCAGCUUAAAAAAAAAAAAAACAGUACUAUAGCAGUAGAUUCAACUGUCAGCUUCUGUUUUCAGUGUCAAAUUUGUCCUCCCUCUUUUGUAAAAGUGUUAAAUUUGGAAGCGCAGAUUUUGUAAUUAAAAAAAAAAAAAAAAACCACUCUGAUGAGCCUGGUUACUAAAUCAUGGUACUGAAGUUCUGUAAUAAAGUUUUUGGACAGUAGUGCAUGUAAGUUCAAGUUACUACAAAGUUUCAUAGUGUCAGUGAUGUGAUGACAGCCUUUCCUAGUAGUCUGGUCCAAUUGCUUUGCUGUUUAUCUCUGUCUCACUACUUCCAUGUCAUUCAUACACAGAAAGUUGGUCAAUAUUAGAAUAAGUGCCGCAUUUCACCGAGCCAAUUUUAAAUGGCAUUUUAUACAACAUUUGCAAAUAAACAAAA